ACCAAACACUGUUCCCACACGGAUGAAGAAGACUACAUGCCACACGAGAAAUCUUAGAACAUUUCUGGAACAUUUGCGUUCAUGAACAAUGUAUGUGGAAAUAUUCCCUGCAUUUUUAUUAGGUCUAUCACUAUAAUGUGUUAGUACCAUCCAUUAACAUUAGCUGGAUAAUUUAAUAUGGAUUGGUGAAAUAAUAGAUUUGAGGAUGUCAAGGAAGUGCUGCUAUAAGCUACUACCGUAAACUACAGUAGUGCAAGUUAUGGCACUAUCAAAGCAAGACGACACCGCCAAUGUUGUACCUCCUGGCGAGGAACCCAAAGACGGGUUGCCAUGUCUUAUCCCACCUGUCCAAAGAAAAACAUCUACUGGCAGGACUUUGAAUGAGAAAGAGAUGGAGAAACUGACAGGUGACCAGACUUUGGUGUCUGACUUCAAGCAGAUGAAGUUGGAAAAGGAGGCACAGAAAAACUGGGACUUGUUUUACAAAAGGAACACAACAAACUUUUUCAAGGAUAGGCAUUGGACCACCAGAGAGUUUGAAGAACUGACAGUGUGCCUUGAGGUAAGAACAUGGCGUAGGAAGUUGUUAGGUUCCCUACUAGGGGUGCAUCUCAAUACAUUUCUCUCUCAGUUUGAAGCCCAGAAGCUGGUCCUGCUUGAAGCUGGCUGUGGGGUUGGGAACUUCAUCUUCCCACUACUGGAGGAUGACCUCAACAUCUUUGUCUAUGCCUGUGACUUCUCACCACGAGCUGUGGAGUUUGUGAAGGAACACUCCCUGUACUGCACUGAACGCUGCAGUGCGUUCCAGUGUGACCUGACAAAGGAUGACCUGAGGGGUAAUGUCCCAGUGGGCAGUGUGGAUGUGGCCAUGCUCAUAUUUGUCCUCUCAGCCAUCCACCCAGACAAGAUGCAGAAGGCUCUGGACAACAUUUACAGGGUUCUGAAGCCAGGGGGCAUCAUUCUGUUCAGGGACUAUGGCCUGUAUGACCACGCCAUGAUGAGGUUUAAGGCGGGAAAUAAACUGGGAGAGAACUUCUACGUCAGACAGGAUGGCACCAGGUCUUAUUUCUUUUCCAAAGAGCUCCUAGCUGACCUGUUCAGAGGGGUGGGGUUCGAGAGUGUAACCAAUGAGUACGUGCUACGAGAAACGGUCAAUAAGAAGGAGGGGCUUUGUGUGCCCAGGGUGUUCCUUCAAAGCAAGUUCCGAAGGCCAGACCAAUUACAGGGCUCCUGAAGUCCCUUUCCUCAACAAAUGCUUGAAACCUUUAAAGGCACAAAUGGACUGAGACCUUCAUAUAUAAAUGAAUGUCAUUGGACAAAAGCCUACACUGCCGUAUUGCUGAUUAAGUGCCGUUUGUUUGAUCAUUCUUUUUUAUUAAUAAAACUGGUGGAAAAAGUA